AGUCCCCAGAGCCAGACUGCAGCCAGAGUCCAGAUCAUCUUAUUGUCCUGGUGGCUGUCAUGGCUACUGCCAGCAAUCUGACUCCUACAAAUUGCAGCUGGUGGCCUAUUUCUGCAAUAGAGAAUGAUGCAGGCAAAACGAAUGAAGGGAAGGAAGAUGCUGAAGCCUCAACCCCCAGCCUCAAAGCCAAGGACAAGCUGGUUUUAUACCACUGGACACAGUCCUUCAGCUCCCAGAAGAUACGUCUCGUGAUUGCAGAAAAAGGUUUGCCAUGUGAUGAGCGAGAUGUCAGCCUGCCCUUGGCAGAACAGAAAGAGCCGUGGUUCAUGAGACUCAAUCUUGGGGAGGAAGUGCCAGUGGUAAUCCAUGGAGAUAACAUCAUAAGUGACUAUAACCAGAUCAUAGACUACAUUGAGAACAAUUUUGUGGGAGAACUCAUUCCACAGUUAAUACCAGAAGCUGGAAGCCUCCUUCACUCCAGGGUUCUUCAAUACAGAGAAACCCUAGAGAGCCUGCCAAUGGAUGCCUACACUCAUGGAUGUAUUCUUCACCCAGAGCUCACCACAGAUUCCAUGAUCCCAAAGUAUGCCACAGCGGAGAUUCGCAGGCACCUUGCCAAUGCCACCACCGAACUCUUGAAACUUGAUAACGAAGAGUCUCAACUAACAGAGCCAUACCUUUCCAAACAUAAAAAGUUAAUGGCAAAAAUCCUGGAACAUGACAAUGUGAACAACCUGAAUAAAAUCUUGAUUGAACUAGCCAUGGUCUUAGACCAAGUAGAGGCAGAGCUGGAGAAGAGGAAAAUUGAGUAUGAAGGCCGAAAAUGUGAGCUCUGGCUUUGUGGGAACACAUUCACCUUAGCCGACAUUCUUCUGGGAGCCACGUUACAUCGCCUCAAGUUCCUAGGACUUUCCAAAAAACACUGGGAAGAUGGGAGCAGACCAAACUUACAGUCCUACUUUGAGAGAAUACAGAAGCGCUAUGCAUUCCGGAGAGUACUGGGAGACAUCCACACCACUCUCCUGUCAGCCGUUUUACCCAACGCAUUCCGCCUUGUCAAACGGAAACCGCCAUCUUUCUUCGGGGCAUCUUUCCUUAUGGGGUCACUGGGAGGGAUGGGGUAUUUUGCCUACUGGUAUCUAAAGAAGAAAUACAUCUAAUGACUAGCGUGUCUUAGUUUGAUGUCUCUUGUGCUAUGUGUUAUAAUUCAGCCGAAUACCAGAAACUGGAACGAUCGUCGCCAUGAAAUAUCCUUAACGCUAAUGUUAACAUUCCAUGAUAGAGAACACGUAGACCUUAUAUCCCAACACAACUACUAUAUCUGCAAAGGACUUUUGUAGAAAACAAAAAAUUCUAGACUGUUGCAGUAUUAAUAGAUAAAGGGCGCAAUCACAAACUGCCUAAAUUUGCUCCUACAGAAACAGCGCUAUACCUGUCCACAGGUGGUGUCUGGUAUUGCAGCUUUAUUAAAGGGGUCGUGUCACCUGGGACACUGGUGGCAUAUCGCUGAGACGCGCACCUACUGUAUCACUAGAACGGGACCCCAAAAGCGAACAAUGCGCAGCGUGCUCUCCAUUCACUUCUAUGGGAAUGUCCGAAAAUAGCCAAACGAGUGCGCUCUGCUAUUUUCAGAAGUCCCAUAGAAGUGAAUGGAGAGCGCAUCGCACACACUCGUCCACCUCUCCAUUCACCUUUAUGGGACCGCUGGAAAUAGCCACCCCAGCACUCCCAUAGCAGUGAAUGGUGGGUGGUCACGCUUGCACAGUUCACUUUGUUUGUUCACUUUGGGAGCCCCAUUCUAGAGAUAGGUGCCCCCCGCACCCACAGCUAUCAGAAAGCUGGUGGCAUAUCUUAGUGAUAUGACAUCAAUCUCUCAGAUGAGACAAUCCCUCUAAAGUGAAUAUGGCUGAGCUGCAAUACCAGUCACAACCUGUGGACAGGAGUGGCACUGUUUUUUGAUAACUAAUACAUAAGCAUCUUAAUUGAGACAUGUCAGAAGAUAAUAUCCAUGGGGAUUCCUAAGUCAAGAACUGUUAAAAUCAAGGGCUGCAGUGCUGUCUACUGCCCUUUUGUCUUCAUUUCCAGCUGAUGGCUGCCUCCUCAAAAUGACAAAUCAAGGAACCGCCAUCUCGUGAGACCCCCCUCUCCUAAGCAGGAUGCACAGUGCGACAAGGCACAUUGGGUAAAGUAUAGUGAAGCCGUGGGUCAGAGGUUGUGGUAUAGAGGGUGCCCAUUCUGACCCUACGGGCCUGGGGUCUCAGCUCAUGGACCGUCCUGGCCAAUAACCUCUUCUAACACUUCUCAAUGAAACAUGGAAGAUGAUGGACGUACCCUUAUAACAAUUUGUGACCAAGAUCUCCGACAUCUUUGUGGCAGAGAGAAUCAAAUUGUGAUGAAAUGACAUUUCUUCUUCGUCGGAUCAUUGAAAUCUUUGUUUAUAGUCUCCUUUAAUCUAAUUUCCUGUAUUUAAAGGGAUUAUCCAACCCGUUUAAUGGCCCCCCUAAUUUCUGGGCCCCUCAUAUGAAUUAUACUUACCCCGCACCCCGUCACCUGCGUCGUUCCUGAUCCCCGCAUGACUUCUGCUGCAACUUCCUGUCUCCCGGGGAGGGGUGAGAGGAGAGCCCCCCCUAGCGUCACCGGUGAUACUAGGGAGGAUCGUCCAAGUUACGGCCUGCUAUUGGCUGCCGCCAAACACCCCCCCCCGCGGGUGCCAGGGUAAGUAUAACCUUCAUGAGGGGCCCAGGCAUUAGGGGUGUCAUUAUAGGGGUUGGAUAACUUUCAUGUACACUAUUUGGGGCGAGGUGGAGCUAAAUGGCUGCCAUUUUUAGGCCCAGAUGAGUUUUCUUGAAGAGGACCUGUCAUCUUUCCUAAUGUGUGUUUAGUAACUACUUCAUUCACCAUGUAAUUACAAUUCUGGAGCAUCAAUUCUUAUGACUGUAUGAUGUGCCAUUCCUGUAUUAUUCCUGCUACAAGUCAUGAAUGAAUUACUAGAAGUUUGCAAUGAAGAUCCAGAUGGGUGUUACCAGUUAGGUGAUGUUGGGGAGGUGCCCUGCACAGUCUGUAACUGGCAGCACUGAUUCAGUGUCAGACUGUGCAGGGUCACGCCUCCAGCUGGUAACAC